UCAAGUCAUUGGCGGUGUGAGAGAGAACCUUUUCAGCUGCGUGUGGCGUGUCUAAAGGCAUUCACCAUGCAGAUCUUUGUUAAGACCCUAACAGGCAAAACUAUCACCCUUGAGGUUGAAGCCUCAGAUACUAUUGAAAAUGUCAAGGCAAAAAUUCAAGACAAAGAAGGAAUCCCCCCUGACCAGCAGAGAUUGAUCUUCGCUGGUAAACAGCUUGAGGAUGGAAGGACCUUGUCUGACUACAACAUUCAGAAAGAAUCCACACUUCAUCUUGUGCUUCGUUUGCGUGGUGGAGCCAAGAAACGCAAGAAGAAGAAUUACUCAACUCCCAAGAAAAUCAAACACAAGAAGAAGAAGGUCAAGCUUGCUGUCCUCAAAUUCUACAAGGUUGAUGAGAAUGGCAAAAUUCACCGCCUGAGGCGAGAGUGCCCCUCCGAACAGUGUGGUGCGGGUGUAUUCAUGGCUGCAAUGGAGGAUAGGCAUUAUUGCGGCAAGUGUGGUUACACACUUGUCUUCAACAAGCCUGAAGACAAAUAAAUACAGAGUGUAUGAACUGUAUUUGAUUUAUAUUAUGUAAUAAAUUUUAAGUUAAAUACAAUUAUUAAUUUUUA